CACACCAGUCCUCCACAGUCGCGCUCAGUAGCUCGAGCAUCAGCAUCAGCAGCGAUGCCCGCGGGCUCCAACCGCUCGGACUGCGCGCGCUGCGGGGUCUCCAGCGCCCCUCCGCACCACCCGCACCCGCCUCCGCCGCCGCUCACGCUCUUCCCGCUGCCCGCGCUGGUGGCCGUGACGGUCGCGUGCGCCCUGCUGUUCGUGGUGGGAGUGGUGGGGAACCUGACGACCAUCGUGGUGGUGAGCCGCUACCGGGACAUGCGCACCACCACCAACCUGUACCUGCGCAGCAUGGCGCUGUCCGAUCUGCUGGUGUUCGCGUGCAUGCCGCUGGACCUGCAGCGCGUGUGGCGCUACCGACCGUGGCCGCUGGGCGGCGCCGUCUGCAAGCUGUUCCACUUCGUGAGCGAGUGCUGCACACACUGCACGGCCCUCAGCAUCGCCGCGCUCAGCGUGCACCGCUACCUGGCCGUGCGCUUCCCGCUGCGCGCCAAGGUCUCCGUGACGCGCCGCCGCGUGCGCGCCGUUAUCCUCGCGCUGUGGGCCGUGAGCGCCUGCAGCGCCGGCCCCGUGCUCGCGCUGGUCGGAGUGGAGCACGAGCGCGAGCGGUACGAGGCCGAGAACGACACCGAGAGCCGGAGCGGAAACUGGACGUGGGACUGGAGCGCGAGCCGCGCGGAGGCGGAGUGCACGGCCACGCGGCACGCGGUGAAGUCCGGGCUGCUGUCCGCCGUGGUGUGCGUGAGCGGCGCGCUCGUGGCCCUCCCCGCGCUCUGCCUGUGCGUGCUGUACACGCUGAUCGGGAGGAAACUGAGCCGGGGACGGCGCGCGGACGCACGCAGCUCCGCGAGGGACAAGAACCACAGACAGAGCAUAAAGCUGCUGGCUGUGGUAGUGUUGGCCUUCGUGCUCUGCUGGCUUCCCUUCCACGUGGUCCGCUUCCUGAUCUCCGCCUCGUCAGCCGCCGGAUCCCCCAUCAUGUCUCUGAUCAGCCAGUACUGCAGCCUCAUCUCCUUCGUGCUCUUUUAUCUCAGCGCUGCCAUCAAUCCCAUUCUCUACAACAUCAUGUCGGAGAAGUACAGGGCUGCCGUGUGUCGCCUCUUCGGAAUUCACAGCCGCCGGCGCAGGAGCGCAUCCGUCACUAAAGCCGAAAGCUGCCCUGGACUCAACGAAUCCACCGUCAGCCUUGGCUUCAAAGAAAUAAUCCUGACUGCAGAAAGUGCAACACCCAGAACAACCACGCUUCCCGUGUCCCUGGUCUCAUUUCACCUUCUGUAAAAUCCUUAGAAACAUAGCGAGCACAACUCGAACCCUCUACACUGUGGAUGCACCAGUGGUUGGAGACGAAAACUGUUCUGCUCCAAUCUCGCCAGAUCAAUGACGACUUUCAAACGCAUCGUGUAAUGAACACUGGACGGCGGCCUCUGGUCAAAGAGGAAGCAAGAAACAUCAAACCACCAAACUCAGAAGAUCAGGGAGGACGGAAGAGGAGCACUGCAUUUCAUUACCGGCUGUGUACAGAAGACAUCAAGUGAUGCCUUGAAGUUUCACAAACGUCAGCUGUAGAUAAAUCUGUCUGGUAAGCGAAAUGAGGUAGAGCGAAUAAGAGAACAUCCGUUGCCUUAAAUUUCAGAAAAAUCUGGAGGACAAAUCGAGCACUGUAGAUACAGCAGCAUCCUCUCGCUCCUGAUGAGGAGAAGCGAAGGUGCUGUGCUUCAUGCUAACUGUGUGCCUCAAAUAUAACAUGUUGUCACCUCUUAGCAACAAAUAGCGCAGCGUGUAUGUGUGGGAGAACUUGAUUUCUUCACGUAGGACGUUUCUGGAUCAAUGACCCUUUAAUUUAUGCCAGCUGAUGUAAUUGGUGUGCUAACUCACCUGUAGUUAGGCAGUGCUCCAGGAGUAGAUCCCAGACAUGGACCAUUUGGUUCCUCCUGGAUAGAUUUGCUAAUGUAGAUUCUGGACCGUGAUGUUCCUCCAGAAUAGAUUAGCUAAUGUAGAUUCUGGACCAUCAUGUUACCCCUGGAUAGAUUAGCUAAUGUAGAUUCUGGACCAUCAUGUUCCUCCAGGAUAGAUUUGCUACUGUAGAUUAUGAACCAUCAUGUUCCUCUUGAACAGAUAUGUUAAUGUAGAUUCUGGACAAUGAUGGUCCUCUGGGAUAGAUUAGCUAAUAUAGAUUCCGGUCCAUGAUGUUCCUCCAGGAUAAUUUUUUUUUCAAUUUCUGGGAACUGAAAAGAGCUCCACAGAGCUUUAGCCAUCUUCAGUAUGUUUUGGAGGCACUCCAAAACACAUACAAAUAAUUGAAUGCUUCUUUGUGUUUAAAUGCUUGAUUUCUACUAAACCUGGUGUUUCCAUGUUUUUAACUAAAUUCACCCUUGAUAGGUGAAUUUUUUCUUUGGUUCGGAGAGGAUUAGGAGGUGCAUGGUAGAAAUGAAUACUUCCAGGAAUCGGAAUGGCAACCACUACACUGCCUAACUGCGACACAUAUGUGAGUUAUCUCUGUCAUUAAGAGGUCCACUUUGCUGAGAAAAGCUUUGUUUGAGAUCUGCUUUGGUUUACAUGAAACUUAACAAGAUUUAGGUAGUUGUCAGCACCCCCUAGUGGUGACAUGGUUUGUUGCUGUUCAGAAUAACUACUUUAUGGAUUAGACUUUGUUUUGUCACUUUAAUAGGCAAAAAAGAAAGAAACGAACAAAAAAAAUUAGUAAAAACUGGUUACCACCCAAUAAUUUCUGCUCAGCAGGGGUUCUGACCCCACUAGACCACCAGAAAGAGAUGGACUACAAAAGUAAUGGUAGGACUGCAAAGUGCUUCCAUGUGGACAGUAGAUAAAAUGGACACAAGCUAGAACAAGAACAAGCUAGAUGGACCUAAUAAAGUGGACAGUGAGUAUAAAAAGGGAUGGAUUUCUGCCCUGGGCCUCUGAAUACCAGGAGCCCUGGGGGGCCAAAGACCACAAUAUUAAAUAUAUUGGACAGCAGAUAUACAGGGUGAUUAAAAAAAUGAUUUAUUUCACUUGUAAAUCAUUACUGAUCAAUGCAGUGAACUGUAAAUGGUUUAAUGAGCUUAAAGUUUAUUGUGUAAUUGUAAAAGGUCUCAGUCUGAACCUCCUCCAGCUGUACGGACGACAUCAACGUCACAGUCAAACUCAUCCCAUACUCAAAUGAGCAGGUCUGGUGUCGCUGCACUCACGGCUCUUUCAUGAUUUCGGACAUCAUCCACUGCUGUUGGCACAUAAAUGGAAUCCUUAACAUACCCCCACAAAAAAGCCACAUGGCUUGAGAUCCGGUGAUGCUGGUGUCUUUUUUCAUGGAACUGUUUGUACCAACAACGAACGCUCUGAGCUGUUGGGGGUUCACUGUCAGACUGACAGUCAGAAACUCUAUGAGCCCCUCUUUCAAUUGGAUUGCGAUUGGUUCCUCUGCGCCUCAUAGUUGUAAAAAUAUGGCACUUCGAAAUCAGAUGAACCUUUUUUGAAUCACCCUGUAUAAAUAAAAUGAAGGAGUGAAUGGCAGUUUAAUAAACAAAUGACUAAAUAAUUGAAGAACUAUUAACUGUUCUCAGACCUCUCAGGUUUUACAUUAUCAUCAGCUCAUGAAAUCUUGUUGUUGCUGUUCAAAUGAGCAGGCUUGAAAGAAAUAGAGAAGAAACAAUGUGUCAUGUCUCACAUAAAAGUCUUCAAAUCUUAAAUGAAAAUCACAUGUCGAUCACCAUGUAGAUACAGUAGGACACAUUAUUAGGACUAAUUUGGGUUAUUUGUUGUGGAGGGGCCUCAGGAGACCGAUCCAUCCAAUCGAAAGGGUCUGAGGUUAGAAGGGCGUGGACUCAAGAGUCUGUCUGUGUCUGUGUCUGAACAGAAAUGUUGUUCCAGGAACUUGUCCUUCUGAAGAAAUGCCGUUCUCCUGUGUGGGUGCGUGAGUUUGUGUCAGUAAUUUGUACGUGUGUGUAAAAUAGAUGCUCAGGGCUCCUGAUAUGCCUGCAAAACAUCAGCAUAAGGAACACAAGGCUGUACACGUUCUAUCAUUAAUAAAGUCGAAGCCUUGGCCUGUGCAUGGCAAAGCUGCUCCUGCUUACAGCCCCAUUGUUGUGUGGCAAGAAGUGUUUACGCACUUAAGUCUGUGUCCUUGAAGCUGUUCUCAGUUGUGCUUCAUAAGACCAGUGAAAUUACUGCAGAUGUCUGUGUUUAAUGUGUGAAGAGCCAGACAGUGCUGAUGAACGUAAAUACGGAGCUACUUGUCUGAAAUUCUGUACAUAAUCGUGUAUAUAAAUUAAAAGCUGUACAGAGA